AUGAAAAAGGCAAGGAUAAUCACUGUCGACAUGUCGUAUCUACUUAGUACUUUGCAUAAAAUAUAUUUUAUCUGACAUACUUCCAAACAACUCCAUUGCCAUACCGACUAGUCGACUGUAUCACUGGAUGAGGUGUUUGCCAAUACUACCAACACCUCGUGGACAUAGCGAGCGAUCAUCUAGCGAUCGCUUGCUCCCCAGAGCUGAAAGCACAUCGGGCUAAAUUUCAUUGAAUGGCGACGUGGUGGCGAUGAGUAGUUUCCUGACCAGCCUGUACUUCUGGACCCUUCGUCCGCUGUGUGGGGAUUCAGGUCAGCUGCUGAGUGUGCACUCCUAUCAUGACAAGGGCACGGAAACGGACGACUUGUCGGUGGAGCUGCGGCGCCAGUGGGCAGAAGGUCGCGGAAUAACAUGGACACCAAGAAACAAGAGACCGGACAAGCUGCGUGACGCCAUACGGGACAGCGAGGAACUGCUGGCAAGCCAUCGUGUUAUUCACGUGUACUGGAGAAGUCCAACAGUGUGUCAGGUCAUACUACAGAACGGAGCAAUAUUGCACUAUGGUCUGACAUCGCACAGUGGUGAUGUCGAUCGUCUCGUCAUAGACCGGACUCUAGUUGGACGUGUCGGUGGCCAAUCAGAGAUCCUGUUUGACGGUGUUCUGUCCAACAAUGGAUCUCUCAUCGUGCUCUCGUUCCUGGAGAAACCGCGUAUCGCCCUCGUCUACGUCUCGCAGCGCAAGUCUUCCGCGCCGACCGGUAUUGUGACGGAGCGAAUAGAGAAGCUCUCGACGCACGGCGACAUACGGGUCAACUAUAUCGACUUGCCACCGGCCAGCAGUGCCAGGAGAACGGAACGGCACGUCUCCGUCAACAAGGCUGCUGAUUUGCUUGCAGUGUGGUGGCCCAUCUCAGCAGAGGACGCCUGGCCGUGGGCAGGCCUGUCCAAAGUGCCGGAGAAGAGAGUCAACGCCUCUAAUCUGCUGCUUUUCAGUCUGAGUUCGAAGGUGGAGCUCAUCUGGCACACUCGAACAGACGCAAGCCCUGUAGAUAUUCAAUUCAGUGCAAGGGAAACGUACCACUUGCUGACAGUGGAGGGUGGUGCGGCUACUGGCGACGCUGGCACAUGCUCUGUUGAUAUGUGUGUCUACGAGUUCAGCUCAAGCCACAAGGUGGAAAAGGUCCUUAGCAACAAAGUGGAUCUUCCAGGCACUUUACUAGCACACGCUCUGAACAAUGACGAGAGUCGCUUGGCCUGUGCCUGCAACAAUGGGCAGCUGGUCCUGCAUGAUACUAGCAGUCAACGUCCCAAGGUGUUGUCUCGCUCACUGGCUAUGUCUCAAGCCAGUAUAAUCCGAUGGCAUCCAUCCGACACUGUCCUCCUAGUGGCCAGCGCCAAGGGAGAUCUACAGAUCUUCGACCUUGCACUCAGCUUGGUUUUCAUGCAGUUACAUUCUGAAGUUGGCUAUCAGCAGGAAGUGCUGGAUGCUGCUGCUUUCUUACAGGGACCGGCACGACUGAGUAUGUGCAGCUGGUCCACACCGUUUUCUGACACCACAUCCUCCGUCACCAUGGAGACUGUCAUGGGGCCCAGCAGUCACCAGAAUCUGUUGCUAGUGUUCGACCGCGGCCCGCUGUGCAACGUGUGCUUUCAGCUUGGUGUCAUCUCGAGAGGGCUGCUUGGGCCACUGCAGUUGAUGAGCGAGUACAUCAGUCACAGGCAAAUCCCAGCUGCAAUUGCCCUGCUGCAGCAUAUAGACUGGAAUCGGCAGGCCAAGACAGCCUUCAUUGCCAUGACGAUGGUGGUGGAUCACCUGUUGCGUGUUCCCCUGAGUGCCGAGAGUGAAGCAUUCAUGGAGGAAGCGCUUGGCUCGUUCCUGGCACCACCGCGUCCACUUGUCCAGAGCAUACAGAUGCAGUAUCGCAAUCGCAUCAACAACCUCGUUCGACGCUUCUUCCACCAGCUAGUGCGGUAUCGCAAGUACGAGAAGGCGUUCCUCCUAGCCGAGGACAUUGGGGCCAGAGAUCUGUUCAUGGAUCUGCAUUUCCUGGCAGUCGACGGUGGAGAGAGAUCGUUGGCAGAGCUGGCUAAACACAGAGCGGAGAAUGUGGAUUCGGACGAAAUUGACAGCGCUUCGCUUGGCUCUCUGGAAGGUGUCGAGGUGGACAGCGACCUGUCGAGCAGUACGCACAGUCGCGCGGCUAGCGACAUCGCCGAGGUUACGGGUGUCAUGGCGAUGACACCGGGUUAUGGCGGUGGUGCCUCCGCUGACAGUGACGGUGCCAUUCAGGUCGACGUCUCGUCAGAGUCCGAACGCGAGUUUGAGAAUCUGUUUGACGACCCGGACGGAGAUGAAGAGGACUUGUUUGACAAGGAUACCGGUGAUGUUGCUGAUGCGCUGGGCUCCGUGGAAGGCUUGGCGGAGAGCGAGCUAACGCUGCGAGCGACCGGUGCGAGUGCCAGCAAUGUCCGCGACGAGAGGUUCGCUGGCGGCGCCCAGCAACACCAGCAUCAGCAACUGACUUCGCCGCUGAUGUCGCUGACGCAUCCGGAUGACGAGCUCAGCUCAUCAAACACACCGGAUGCUGCCCAGCCGCAACACUUUCCUUUCCAUGCUGGACUAGGAACACCAUCAGCACUGCACAUCGGCGAUGACGCUCACUCGCACUCGUCCAGGCCAUCCAGUGGCCGGGGUUCAGUGCGCGGUUCACCGUCGGUUGUGCCGCGUCACCGCAGUAGGCCGGCCACGCCCAGCUCCAGCACUCUCGGCCCACCGUCACCGGCAUCGCCACGGAAACAGAAAGACGUGAAAGUAGUCAAUGUGGGUUUGGUGUGAUUAUUUAAAAACAAAAAAAAUCCUCUGGUUAUGACCCCCUCCUCCUCGCCCUUUCUUACCUUGUCAGCAUGCCUAGUUGUCUGUGUUCAGUAUGUUGAGCGGCAACCAGAAGCCAGCCGUUGUUGAUUAUCGUUUCCACUGUCGUAGACUAGGUGUAGUUUUUGUAUUCUGACACUGGCCUUGACCUAGCUAUGCCUGUGAUUUUUCUUAAAUCACCUGUGAGAUAAAGACUUUUCUGAAGACGAUAUUUGUACUUUUUUGUAAUUCAGCCUUGAACUUCGAGGUACGAGUAUUUUUGUUGAACAAUGUAGAAUAUAUCGUCGUCAGGAGGAUGAGCUGAUAUACCGUCUCCUCGCCGUUUGUUGAACAAUGUAGGAUAGUGUUCCGGCAGCAUGUCUACAUGUAGCUCUGGUGAAAAUGCUGAAGGAAUGA